AUGACAGGUAAAAUGCUUAAUCAAAAAUUGAAUUUACAUUUAACGUUGAACAAGUCUUUGACGAAUUUACAAGACCCUGGUCCUUUUACUCCAUUGGAUCAAACUUUAAAGACUCCUAUAGAACCUAAUCAACCAAAUUACGCGUAUAAUAGUUUUAAUUUUCAAAAUGUUAAUACCCCAAGUUUCCAUAAUUUAAAUUCCAAUGGUAAUGGUAAUGGUAACGGUAACGGGAGUGUUUAUUUAAAUUCCAAUUAUAACGAAAGUGAUGAUAUUUUAACUGAUAUUGAUGAACCAAAUUUACCUUUUAAUUCUAAAACUACUAAAAAUUAUUCAUUAAAUUUUACACCACAUUUCGAUCAAUUAGUAUUAUCCAUUUAUAAUUAUAUUUUAUCAUUACCAACUACCACCCCAUUUUCAGGUAAUAUUCCACCAAGUGGUUUGGUGUCAAAAGUUGCUAAUGAAACUAUGGAUAAUUUAAUUAAUGAGACUGUUCAUAAUAAUUUCCAAAAUUAUGACCAACAAAGAGUUAUUAAUUAUGAUUUUUUGAAAAAUGGAAGUUAUCAACCAAUUUUCUUACAAUUAAUAAGGAAAAGAUUAAUUGAAUUAUGUUCAACCAAAUCUAAUAAUAAAUUACCCUUAUCAACAUCAAUUUCAAUAACCACUUCAGGAAAUGCAAAUAAUUCAUUUUCAAAUGCUUCAAAUUCAAAUGGUCCUUAUAGUGGUAAUGUUAGACAAUCAUCGAUUUCUAACUUAUCAUUAACUGAUAUUAAUAUUAAUAAUUAUCAAAAUAGAUCAAGAAGUUCUUCGAAUUCUGUUAAUUUAAGAAAACAAUCAUUAACAAGAAAUAAUAGUUACAACAAUAAUUGGUUACAUGUUGGUAAUUUAAAUACUAUAAAACAAUCGAAUAAUAAUGAAUCAACUGAUUCUUUACAAAGUUUACAAGAUUUUGUACCUCAAAAUUUCAUUCAAAGAUCAGCUAAUACUCCAACUCAACCAGGAUUUAAUCAUAUGAUGAUGGAUUAUCAAACUCCUCCAACUUCCAAUAAAUCUUCAUUCUCAACUCCACCAAAUUCGAAUCCAAAUAAUCAAAAUCAGAAUCAAAAUAGCUUUAAUUUGAUGAAUGUUACUUUAGUACAAAAUGCAACUGCAAUGGAAUUUGAUGAUUUUAAUUUUACUAAUCCAAGAUCAAGAUCUUCUUCAAAUUCUAGAAAUUUCCCCAAACCUUUAACUAUAAAUACUGAUAAUGCCAAUUUACAAGCUUUACAUAAUUUACAAGGAUUAGAAAGUCCUUUUAUGUCAGCCACAACUCCAUCAGAAGAUUUCAUACUGUUUAAUUCAAACCAGUCAUUUCAAAUCGAUGAUGAAAAAACUAUUAAAGUCGAUAGAACUUUAAAUGAAAAGAAGAGGGAAAGUUUAAAAUUGAAAAGAGGUAUUCAUUAA